CAAGAUGUUUACUACAGCAUAGAGUAUAGACUAGACCCUCAUUUUGACUAGACCCUUUUGAUCUGCAGCUAGGGUUUAGAAUCCUGUUUGAAGCAAAUCUCAAAUUGGAACCAAUCCUUCUCUAUAGGCGAUUCCCACCCCCUUUUGGCUUGUAGCAAUCACCUUCAAAAGAUUAUUGAACUACUCAAUCGGUAGCAUGACAAUGGUAAAUUCUUCUUUUGUGUCUCUGUAAUAUAUUAUGCCAUUUUAUCAUUUGAAUUCACAAGAGUAAAUACCUAUAGGGGGUGUUUGUUUCAGGUUAUAUUUGUAUAUUCCUAUGAUAGAAAAAAUGAAAAAUGCAUUAUGUGUUUGUUACAAGUUUAUUAAAUUUUAUUUCUGGGUAUAAAAGAUUUCUGGGCUUUUUUUUUUUUGGUACAGAUUUCUGGGAAAUUUUUUCCCAAGGAAAAGGGUGGGAAAAAAUUCUCCCCAAAUAUGGGAAUAAAUUAAUGUAUAAUCAUCAACUGAUCUCCCUAUUAUAAAGGUUCCGGGAAUAUUUAAAUGUUAACCAAACUUAUUUCUUAUAAAUACCGAGGAAAAAAAUUUCAUCCUUCUAUUCUCGGGAAAAGGUAUUCCCAGGAAUAAAUUUAGUAAACUUGAACCAAAUGCCCCCGUAUUGUUUUUUAUUAAAUUAAAUGAAGUCAGAUAUAUUACUUUGAAUUUUCUCUCAGUGGACAUAGCUAUGAUUUUGUAUGCAUACUUGGAUACAUAUGUACACUAACCUAGUUUGUUUUUCGAUUCAUGUAUGUACCUUUGUUUGAAUAUGAAUAUAUCUUAUCUAAAGGGAACAAAGUCUACUCCUCGAGAAGUGAUUGAUGUGGAGCCAGAUAGAAUUAGUUACUUACCAGGUCAUGUAAUAGACUGUAUUCUAUCUUACUUGCCAAUUAAGGAAGCAGUGAGAACAAGUGUUUUAUCCAACAAAUGGAAGAACAAAUGGUACACACUGCCAAAUCUGGUGUUUGAUGAACAAUGCGUCUCUCAUUUAGCUUCCGAAGACCCUUUAGUUAUUGAGAACAAGUUUUUGAAAAUUGUUGAUCAUGUACUAUUAGUUCAUUCUGGGGUAAUCAACAUGUUUAAGUUCGUUGACUAUGAGAAUCUUGUGAGUGAUAGUGCUGAUAUUGAUCGAUGGAUUCUUCAUCUAACUGGAAGGUCUAUUAAAGAGCUUGUGGUGGAAGUUUGUACAGAGGAACACUAUAAGAUACCUUGGUGCUUAUUCUCAUGUCAAAGUUUGCAGUGUUUAAAAUUACAUUGGUGUGGGCUUAAACCUCCAACGACAUUUGAAGGCUUCAAGAACAUGAAAAGUAUUGAUCUAAGUUCGGUCAUGGUGGCUCAAGAUGUUUUGGAAAACUUGAUAUCUGGUUGCCCCCAGCUUGAAGAAUUGAAAUUGGGAGACGUUGAUGGUUUAGACCAAAUUAACAUUCAUGCACCAAAUCUCAAGUUAUUUAAAAUUGAUGGUAAAUUUGGGGGUGUUAGCUUUGACAACACUUUCCAAUUAGCUAAGAUAGUCAUUACUUCAUGGUUGAAAUUGAACUCGGAAAGUAAUCAAAGUAGAUUGCAUGGAAGCUCUAGCAAUAUGCUCAAAUUUUUCGAUCAUCUACCUCACAUACAGAGCCUAGAGAUUGGUGGUUAUUAUUUUUUCAAGUAUUUGGCUACAGGUGUUUUACCAGUAAAACUUCCUACACCUUGUAUUCAUCUAAGUUUUCUCUCGUUAUGCAUAAACUUCUAUGAAUUGAAGGGAAUUUCGGCUGCUCUUUGCUUACUCAAAAGCUCACCUAAUCUUCGAAGAUUAAAAAUAUCUGCAUGGAGGUUUGGGUUGCAUAAUAUCCCUUUUACACCUUCCUACUGUUGGGAAGAUAUAUUUUCAGCGCCAAUCAUGCCCUUCCAAGUGCGACAUAUAAGCUUAUAUGGCAUCUCUGGUACCAAGUUGGAAUUGGAUUUUAUCAAACUUUUGCUUCUAUAUUCUCCUGUGCUAAAAAAGCUGACUGUGAAGCCUGUUGCAAAUGUCGUACCGGAGUUGAUGAAAGCACUAAUUCGGUUCAAAAGAGCGUCCGGAGAAGCUGAAGUUAUUUGGCAAGACCCUUUCAAAAAUGGGGAAUGAUCUCCCCCCUGCAUUUUCAGUUUCAUCCUAUCUAUUUUCCCUGCAUUAUCUGAAGUUCUGAAAUUGGUUAACAAGCUAAUUCUCAUGUAAUGAACAGUUCCAAAGGCAUAUAAUUAAACAUAAGGAACUUGUGAUUUUGCUUAGCCUUAUUCAUAUCUUUUGGUGUGUGGUUCUCUUUAAUAGUUACUCUGCUGUGUAGGCUGUACCUUCUUUUUUGUGUUUUAUAAUUAGAUGUAAAUAGUUCAAGUGAUGGAAAUUAACAAAUAUCUAGAAACAAGAUCUAAUAUAGUAAAAUGAACUUUCAAUUUUAUAUUCACAAGUGAAUCAAUAACAAACACAUUUAAGUAUC